CGGGACUGGCGGGAGCGGCUGUACGGCGCUGUAGGUACCCCUGCGCGGGGUGAGCAUGGUGCCCUAGCACUGGGGCUAUGUCGGAGGCGGCCCGCAGUCUCCUGCAGCGCUGGGGCGCCAGCUUCAGGAAGGGUACCGACUUCGACUCCUGGGGGCAGCUGGUGGAGGCGAUCGACGAGUAUCAGAUAUUAGCCAGGCACCUCCAGAAAGAGGCCCAGUCUCAGCACAACAACGUGGAAUUCACAGAAGAUCAGAAGAAAACCAUAGCUAAAAUUGCAACAUGCUUGGAACUGAGGAGUGCAGCUUUACAGUCCACCCAGUCGCAGGAUGAGUUUAAGCUUGAGGAUCUGAAGAAGUUGGAACCAAUCUUAAAGAAUAUCCUCACUUACAAUAAGGAGUUCCCCUUUGAUGUUCAGCCUGUCCCACUCAGGAAGAUUUUAGUGCCUGGAGAAGAGGAACACUUGGAGUUUGAAGAGGAUGACGAGGAAGGAGGAGCUGGAGCAGGGUCUCCAAACUCUUUUCCUGCUAGAGUUCCAGGUACUUUAUUGCCCAGAUUGCCAUCUGAACCCAGGAUGACGUUACUCACCAUCACCAUAGAGAAAAUUGGUCUGAAAGAUGCUGGGCAGUGCAUUGAUCCUUACAUCACAGUCAGUGUAAAGGAUUUGAAUGGGAUAGAUCUGACUCCUGUGCAGGAUACUCCCGUGGCUUUGAGGAAGGAGGACACGUAUGUCCAUUUUAAUGUGGACAUUGAGAUUCAGAAACACAUUGAAAGACUAACAAAAGGUGCAGCUAUUUUCUUUGAAUUCAAACACUACAAGCCUAAGAAAAGGUUUACUAGCACCAAGUGCUUUGCUUUCAUGGAGAUGGAUGAAAUUAAACCUGGGGCAAUUGUUAUAGAACUGUACAAAAAACCCACUGACUUUAAAAGGAAGAAAUUGCAACUGUUGACCAAGAAACCACUUUACCUUCACCUCCAUCAAACAUUGCACAAGGAAUGACCCCAGUUGUGAGACCUCUGUGAACUGAACCACAAAUCCUGGUAGCUGUGUAGUAGCCUUAGGCUCCGAGGGGCAGAAAGAUAACUCUGCUCAUGCCAGUAGGUCACACGAGACCAUCUCCCACUGCACAGCACUACUUCAGGGGCAGGAACAAGCCCACCAUGCAAAUGCAAGGUUUUUUUCAGUAACUUUCAGCUACAGGUUUCUCCAAGAGCCCUGAUAUAGGUUGACUGCUUUUCCUAAGUUUGCUGUUCAUCACUUUUUAUCUUUAACUAUUCUUCUCCUUUUGCCUCAAGCUCCCCCUGAGGAUGGAGAGUGCCCUUUGUCAAACCUGCAGCAAUAAAGAUGUGGCAGGUCUACUAACUUUUUACACUGCUGUGCUAUUGUAGUUCCUCUCAUCUGCAUUUCAGAGUCCUCUGGAGUGGGCAGGGUGACAGAAGACUGAGAGAAGGACAAGGUGGGCUGGGAAGGAGCUUGAAGUACUGCAAGUGCUUUGAAGUGAGGGAGUGGAGGAUGCAGGUCAGAUGGGUGGCCAGUCCCUGUAGUCAGGUCAGGAAGAGGACAAGUGCAGAUGAGAACACUGAACAUGUUUUGAAUACAUGUUACAAUCUUUUCAGUCACUGUUACUCCCUAAUAGAGCUAUUCUUUUUUGUAUCUUGUCACAGAGUAGUUUGCAAAGGCGGAUAGGGAAUAGAGGCCUUCGUCCUGGUUGUAGUGGGUGUUUUGCCAUUUCAGUGACAGCAGGACAGGCCCUCAGUGCUGAAGUUUCCAUUUUCCAGAGCCUUAUAUAAAGUAGGUCUGGCCAGCAGGCUGACCCACCUUCUACAUGAAACUGCUGUUCUUAUGGAAACUGAUUGUAUGCAGUUUUCUGCAUAUUUUGAGCAAAUCUGGAAACUUACUCAAAAAUUGCCUUUUUAUGUAAGUCAGUAGGAUUAUCAUUUAUUUUCUGUAUUUUUUAUUCGGUGCAUAAUAAGGUGCAGGACAUUGGCUUAUUAUGACACACUUGCAUUCACCUUUUGACCUGAAAAAGGGAAAGAAGUAGAACCCAGUCAAAUCUUUCAUAUAUUUGCGUGGAUAUUUAAUAUGAUACUUUAUGGUUUGAUAAACUUCUUGCAUCUCUAACUAGUGCCUGAAUACUCUGCUAUGCUAACUACAGACCCAGCUCCCAAAAUAGCAUCAAUUAUUUUAAACAGCCUGGAUGCAGGUGAAUCAUCCAUUCCUUUUUUCUGUCACUUCACCCAAGAUGUUCCAUCAUGUGUUAAGGGAAGGGAUGUUACUUUUCUUCAUGCUGUUUGUCUGUCUCUACUCAGCUGUUCGGCAUUUUUGGCUCUAUCAUAUUGAUUAGGAUGAAAAGCUGGUUUUGAAUGUCCUAAUCUUCUUGCCUUUCUUUGCUCUGGUAUAACUAGGAAUGACAUUAUUUAGGUGUUACAACAAAAGUCAGCAAUACUUUCCCAAAUGCCAUUGCUGGUUGGAGGCGAAAAAGGGCAGUUGAAUUGUCCUGUUUAUGGAUCUUUACAAUAUUCCACUGGUUUUAAAGCUGAUGGGUGAUGAUCAAGAUACCCCUGUGAGUUAUGGAAACUCCUCCGAAUGCAGCAUUCUGGACACCAGACUAAAGGAGAAUACCUACACUGCUAAAAACCAAAUACAAAUCAUCCUCUGAACUCUGCAAAAGGACAAAGCAAAACAUUAGUCUGUGGUUGCAAGUAAUCUGAGCUUGGCCCAUUUACCUGUCAGUGGUCCCUGGCUGGCUCAGCACUUGUUCUGACCAAGGAAUUGCAGGAUCUGAGUGUCCAUGAAAGGUGGAAGGGCUGGUUCUGGAGUUUGGCCCGGCUGCCAUCCAGGGUAAGCACUGCAGUUAGGUGUGUGUGUCAAAGGUGAAUGCUGUUGCAUCCAGAGGGAGAUUCCAUCCAGCUUUUGUUACUGUUAGCUAGGAUGGGCAAGGGGAGAGACACUGAGUAUCACAAAGGUUUAUAUAGGGGAAGGAAAGAUCCUGGACUUGGAGAACUUGACUUUUAAUCACAGAUGUUCAUCAAUGUGUGUAUCAUCAGCCAGCCACCCUGCAAACUGAAAUACUGUCCCUUGAAGUACAAACCCAUCGUUUCUGCUGCUUACCUGGACCCUUCCCCAGCUUGCAGAUUAAUUGUCUGUAUUAAUGCCAGUUUUAUGAAAUGUCAACUUGGAAGUAUUUUUGUUAAAUACACAAGUAGAGCUUUGUAUUUAACUGAUUGUGAAUUAAUGUCUGUUGAAUGUGAAAUACCAUUUUUAAAGUUGCUUCUAUCCCUUGCCUUUUUUCUGUGAAUUGUCUCAGUGCCAGGACUGCUGCUGCACACACCACAGGCUUGGGGAUUGUUUUAUGCUUCAGUGAUGUUCCAGCUUGUCUUUCACCUGAUAUCUAAAGCUUUACACUUGUACUGUAAGAAUGUAAUACCUAGAUGGCAACUUUAAUGGCUGCUUGUACUCUGGCAGUAAAGCUGUAAUGGCCUCCCAGUAGAGUUUUUUAUUAUUCUGUAUUGUUUUCCUUUUUUCCUCCUUCAGGCUGCCUUUUGGACAGUGCAUUUGUGAGAAACCUUACUCACUGAGACAGUCAAAAGCCUGCUGUUCCAAAUGCUUGCACUAACACCUGACCUGCCAAUGUAUGGUGUCCUUUGAAAGUUGUUCAGUGGUGGGUAGCUGCAGUAGAUGUUUACAUACUCCCAACUCUGCUUUACAGAAAGCUACUUUCUUUUCUGAUGGAAGUAAAAAAGGUUCUCCAAAGCCAGCCUUCCUUUUAAAGAGGCUGAAUUGCUCUUAACCCUGAGGAAGAUGAAAACACAGUUCUCAAACUUCACUUGAUGCUGCAAGGUGCUCUUGAAAGCAGAAAGCAAUUAGGGAAAUUCUAAGUUUCUCUACUGGAGAGGCACUGAGAAACACAGGUCAACUCCACAACCUCAUUAAGGUUUCCAACUCUGGAAGCUGUAGCCCCCAUGGUCCUGAUUACAUGAAGCAAGUCCAUAUUCUGUCAGAGUAGAUCAGCGUGAGGGUAACAUGGUCAUUACCCUGAAGCAGCAUUAAUUUGGCCUUGAUUCAAUUCUUGUUCUCAGAACUGUAGCAUUCUCUGUCACAUUACUGAACCAAUAUCCUUUCUGAACAAAACAUGGCACUGAAACAAAGCCUUUGGGGUUUAGCAAAAGGAAUUUUGCUUUUUAUUAUAACUUUCCUUUGAAUACAGUGUCAUUUGUGCUUCUGAUCUCUGACCAGACAUCUUUUGAAAAAAACCCCAGAACCUCAGAGUCCUCAUGUAAACCCCUGGCCUACAGUAACUGCAGCUCAAUGAUGGGAUGGAGAAGGCAGGUUGGAUAGCAUUUUACUUAAAAAAUUAUUUCCACAGGAAAUGAAUUUAUAUACAUUUUUAACAAAAUUAGUUCAUUCGCCAACUGGUUACAAAGGCUACAUUGAAUUAAAACUCUCCACACAGGUACUUCCUUCCUAUUGCACUUUUAAAGUAGGUUCAAGUCCAUCACAGAAAGGUUCUUGCAGCCCAAGUGGAUGGAUGAGUUUGUGAUCAUAAAUGCAUGUAAGACAUCU